AUGGUCGACGCCGCAGAUCCGCCGACGCCGGGCCCCGGCCGCCCGCAGCUCGCCGCCGGCUUGCGUAGCGGCUCCUACCUCAGCGACCACCAGCAGUACCGCCCUCCUCGCCACCCCGACGCCCACCAGGGCAUCGACACCGUCGUCGAGGACACGCCCCCAGCCGCCGCCGCGGGCCUCGCGCCGCCCAAGCCCAAGUCGAUGCUGCCCUUCAACGGCAUCCCGUCCGAGGACAACCCGCCGACCAUCGUCGACAGCGGCGUCAACCACAGCUUCUCGCACCCCAACUGCGCGCCCGCCUCGGGACGCCGGGCCGACCGGCUCGUCGCCACCCUCUUCUACAAGACGUCGGACCAACGGCUGCCGGCCUCGACCUCGGUCAAGGGCCUCGCCGACAGCUGCGAGUCCCUGCCGACCAACCUCGCGCCGACGACCAACAUGGAGGCCUUCCCGCUCGAGCCGCCGACGCAGGAGUCGGAGCAGCUGGACCACCUCUACGGAUCCUACAUAUCGCCGCUGUGCAUCACCUCCUUCCUCCACCUCAUGUCCACCUUCCCCCCGCCCCAGGACGCCGACGCGCCGCACUCGUCCCACCGCUGCCUCGACAACGCCGAGAACCCGCGGGUCGUCGAGCUGACGCUCUCGCCGGCGCCCUCGUACCUGAGCCUGUCGGACCUUCGCCGCCACGAGAUGAUCUACCGCUUCGAGAGGGAGUGGAACGUCGACGUCGCCCUGCAGCUGGACCGGGUCUGGCGCCGCCACCCGCGCCUCGUCGUCUUCGACAUGGACAGCACCCUCAUCACCCAAGAGGUCAUCGAGCUCAUGGCCGAGACGCUCAAGGAACCGGCCGACCUCGCCGCGCGCGUCGCCAACAUCACCCGCCGGGCCAUGCUCGGCGAGCUCGAGUUUGACGCAUCCUUCACCCAGCGCGUGCGCCUGCUCAGGGGCGUCGACGCAUCCGUCUUUCGCGACCUCCAGCCCGUCCUCCGCGUCACCGAGGGCGCGCGAGAGCUCAUCCGGGCGCUGAAGCGCCUCGGCGUCAAGACCGCCGUCCUCUCCGGCGGUUUCCAGCCGCUCACGAGCUGGCUCGCGACGGAUCUCGGCAUCGACUACGCCUUUGCCAACCACGUCGUCGUCGCCGACGGCAAGCUCACGGGCGAGACGGAAGGGACCAUUGUCGGCCGGGAGCGCAAGCGCGACCUGCUCGUCGAGAUCGCCGCCAAGGAGAAGAUUGACCUGUCGCAGGUCGUCGCCGUCGGCGAUGGCGCCAACGACCUGCUCAUGCUGGAAAAGGCGGGCCUUGGCGUGGCCUGGAACGCCAAGCCGCGCGUGCAGAUGGAGGCGGACGCGCGCCUCAACGGCGAGAGCCUGCUCGACCUCCUGUUCCUCUUUGGCUUCACGAGCGACGAGGUUCGAUGCCUCGGCGAGUGA